AUGGACCCCCAACUGCUGGCCCUUCUUCCGGAUGCCGCCAAGCUUGGCAUCCUGCGGCACUUGGGCCAGGAGCCAGCCCCGGUGGACGUCGCACGGCAGCAGCUGCCGGAGCGGCACCAAGCGGCCCCACCGGCGGCAGCCGCACAGCAGCCACAAGGCAACACCGCCUCUCAGGUGCCGCCGAUCCUGGCGGGGCGCAGGCUGAGCGGCGGGCUGGCCUUGAUUGAUGGCUUCCUGGGCAGCGCUGAAGUUGUGGCGGCGCAGGCAGAGGCACGGCAGGUGCUGCAGGCCGGUGCCCGUCCUGCCGGCAUGGUGACCGCCAGCGAGGGGGCGCCGUGGACGCGGGCCAGCGAUCGCGGCGACAAGGCCGCCUGGCUGAGCCUGGGCUCGCUGGCAGCGGCGGAGCACCGCCACUUGGGGGCAGCCGCGCAGCGCCUGCUGUCGCUGCGGCCCUGGCUGCGGCAGCAGGGGUUCGACGUGGGAGGCCGCGCCUCCAUCCAGCUGGCAUGCUACCCAGGGGCGGGGGCGCGGUACGUGCGCCACAGGGACGCCUGCUCCAGCGUCCCGUACCGCUCGGUCACGGCCAUCUUGUACCUCAACCCAGGUGCUGGGUGGAGUGCGGAGGCAGGCGGCCAGCUGUGCGUGUACAACCACAGCACCUGCGGCGGCGACCCAUGCGCCGCAACGGCGGCCGACCUACGCCUGCGCUCGGCAGCCGCUGGCGGCGCGGGGCAGCCACCUCCUGCCAGCAGCAGCAGCAGCCACGGAGAGGACGGCGCUGAGGGCGGUGCCGGCGAGGCGGCGGGGGCAGCGGCACCGCAGCAGCAGCAGCAGCAGCAGCCGCCGCCGCAGCAGCAGCAGCAGGUGUGUAGCGGCUUGGAGGAAGGGCACCCGGCCACCGUGGUGCCUCCCCUGGGCGGCCGCCUGGUGGUGAUGGACAGCAGGCUUCUUCACGAGGUGCUGCCGGCCCAGGCAGAGCGGUAUGCAGUGACGGGGCAGGAUGCGCCCGCACCGGCAGCGCCGGCAGCGGCGCAGCAGCCGCCGCUCGACGGCGCCGCCGUCGCUUCGCCUGGCUGCAUCUUUGUGUCGGUGCCUGCAUACAGAGACAGCGAGGCGCAGUGGACGCUGGCAGACCUGUUUGACAAAGCGGCGCACCCCGAGCGUGUCAGGGUGGGCAUCUGCUGGCAGCUGGAGCUUCCCGAGGAGGGGCACCUGAUGCGGGUGCGGCAGGUGGUGCUGCCCGCCUGCGAGGCCAGGGGGCCCUGCAAGGCACGGGCCCUGGCGCAGCAGCUGUGGGAAGGCGAGGAGUUCCACCUGCAGGCAAGCGGCGGUAGCGGGGCGUGGCUGGGCCGCCCGCCCCCCUGA